CACUCCGCCACACGCUAACUCGUCGUGUUGACGUCGUGCGCGUGCGUGCGUCGCGUUUGGCGCAACGUGAUCAUCUGCAGCCGCGGCGCGCACACGUACGAGCGCGCGCACACAACAGCAGCCCUUGCGUGCGCGCACGCACACAACAGCAACCCUUGCGGAAGUGGCAACAGCAGCAGCCGAGGCGGUGCUACAUAAAAUUAGCAUACCCGCUUAGCGGUUCGCCGAGGGGGAUGGAAGGCUGAGACGCGGCUUGCUGAGAUAGAAAAAAACAAAUUUCUCUCGAGCCAAACGACGCAAGCGAGUACGGGCUCCUCUCUUUCGGUCCUUCUUGACGUCCGCCAGCCGCGGACAUGGGCGACAAGGCGGGGACGAGAGUGUUCAAGAAGUCCAGUCCAAACUGUAAGGUGACUGUCUACCUGGGCAAGAGGGACUUUGUGGACCACCUCGACCACGUGGAUCCAGUUGACGGUGUCAUCCUGGUGGACCCCGAAUACCUGAAGGACAGGAAAGUCUUCGUCACGCUGACGUGUGCGUUCCGUUAUGGCCGCGAGGACUUGGACGUGUUGGGUCUGUCCUUCCGCAAGGACCUGUACAUCUCCACCUUCCAGGCCUUCCCGCCCGUCCCCGAGGAGCGCAAAGCCAACAGUCGACUGCAGGAGCGGCUCCUCAAGAAGUUGGGGCAGCACGCGCACCCUUUCUACUUCACUAUCCCUCAGAACCUUCCAUGUUCUGUCACGCUGCAGCCGGGACCUGAAGACACCGGAAAGGCGUGCGGUGUGGACUUUGAGAUCCGAGCCUUCUGUGCCAAGAACAUGGAGGAGAAGAUCCACAAGAGGAACUCUGUGCGCCUGGUGAUCCGCAAGGUGCAGUACGCUCCGGAGAAAGCCGGGCCUCAGCCCAUGGUGGAGACCACUCGUAGCUUCCUGAUGUCGGACAGGUCGCUGCACUUAGAGGCAUCGCUGGACAAGGAGCUGUACUACCACGGCGAGCCCAUCAGCGUCAACGUGCACGUGACCAACAACUCCACCAAGACUGUCAAGAGGGUCAAGAUUUCAGUACGUCAGUACGCCGACAUUUGUUUGUUCAGCACGGCGCAGUACAAAUGUCCCGUGGCGCAGCUGGAGGCCGAUGACCAGGUGUCGUCAAGCUCCACCUUCUGCAAAGUGUACACGCUGACGCCCACCCUAGACAAGAACCGCGAGAAGCGAGGCCUUGCGCUGGAUGGGAAGCUCAAACACGAAGACACCAACCUGGCUUCCUCCACCAUUGUCAAGGACAUGACCAACAAGGAGGUGCUGGGCAUCCUGGUGUCCUACAGGGUCAAAGUCAAGCUGGUGGUCUCACGCGGAGGAGACGUGUCCGUGGAGCUGCCGUUCAUCCUCAUGCACCCCAAACCGGCCGAGCUACCCGCUUCCCGCCCACAGUCAGCCGUGCCAGAGUCGGACCCGCCCAUCGACACUAACCUGAUCGAGUUCGACACCAACAGCGUCUCCCAGGAUGACGACUUCGUCUUCGAGGACUUCGCCCGCCUCCGCCUCAAAGGCGUGGUGGACGACAAAGACGAGGACUGCUAGGAGCGAGCUGCCCACGUGCCACCCGCUCGCCUCAACACACACACACAUGCACACGCACGUUACAUUCCCAGGCAGAGGGACGGAUGCUGCCAAAUUUGGGCAUGGCCUCGGUGUUCCUUCGUGCCACCGCCGCCAUCUUCUCCGCGUUUUGUUUGAUUGAAGGAUCUUCAUACUGGCUUCUUAUUAAUGACAUUGCAUUCUUUGUAUACAACACUCAAGUGAGGUUUUAAUUGAUAUUGCACGUUUUAAGUUUACCUAAACAGUUUUGGCAAACAACCGUGGCUGACAGUAAAGUUUAAUUUUCGUUGAAUCAAUGACGGCCAAUUCAAACCUUUCUUUACUGUCAACUAGGGAUGUAACAAUAUUCAUGAUAUUGCCAAAUUUAAAAGUGCCUCUAUCGUGGUGGUCUUGUCUCUGUAUAAAAUAAUGAGCCGUCGUGCUUCAAAUUUUGUUUUGGCCCACAUAUACGCAGCCACUCCCCAUAGCCAGACUGCUACAGUGCUGUGCUUCCUCGUUAUGAAUAUAAACACACCCAAUUGGACAUGUAAUUUAUGUGACCAUGUCGCAAAAAAUACAUUGAUUGGCUGACUGGCCCACGUGACCGACAGGCUGUGUUGGGAGGCUACUGCAUAGCAACUAAGCUGUUCUGAGCGUCGCAAAAUAUCCACAUUCAAAAUUAAAACAUAAUGCACAGGCUGCUUAGAAAAAUAAAUCAUCCUACAAUAUCACUAAACGGAAGAAAAGAAAAUAAGGAUUCCAAUGCCUUUAAGCGUGUUCCUGCAUUUAUGACUUGAAUGUUUCGACUCAAGCAAAGAAAUCACUGUUAGUAGGCAGUAUCAAAUUUCUAAUGUUAUAGAUGUAAAAAACAAUUGAUGUGAAGAAACAAUUUCUCAAUGGACCGUUAUUGAGAGCAUAGCAUGAUUAUUGCUCCAGCAGUAAUACUGUUUUGGAGGUACAGGAUACGAAUGUAAACAUUAGAUGGACGGGGAUAGAAGUGCACAUUGUUUUACAGGUGUCUUUUUUCACAAAAACCUGUGGGACAACACACCUGUACUGUGAACAAUCCUGCAGUAACCUGAGUUUUAUUGCAAUACCAUGAGCUUUCCCACGGUAUCGCAAUAAAUACCGUACCGCGGGAUUAAUAGUGAUAAAACAGUAUCGUGAGACAUGGAUAUCGUUACAUCCCUACCGUUAACUACUGUUGUUUGCCAAAAUUUGUUUUAAUCGACAUUAAAUUUUUCGGUAGUUUGAAAAUUAUAAGGUAAAUUAAAGCAUGACCCAAAACGUCUGGUAAAUGAAAAGGGUCCUUUGCUGUCAACUAUCGUUGUUUGCCGAAAAUCUUAAUUUAAAUGAAAGCCUUUGUCAAAAAUGUAAGGUAAAUUAAAACCGGAAAACAAAACAAAAAAAGUUUCAGAAAACUACCAUUGACGGCAAAGAAAUUAAAGGUAAAUUAAAAUCCUUUUAUUUGUUGUCAACCACCAAUGGUUUUAAUUUGUUUUGGCAAACAACAGUAGUUGACAGAAAAGGCCAAUUAAAAUGUCUCUUUGCUGUCAACAAUAGUUGGGUUUCUAAAACGGGUUUUAAAUUGACCUUACAUUUUUUGGCAAUUGUAUUUUUUAUUUUUUUUUACAUUUCUUUGCUGUCAACUAAAGUUUGCCGAAACGUUUCGGCAAACUGUGGUAGUUAACAGCAAAGAAUUUUUUUGCCUUCCAUUAUUUUUGUCAACUGCAAUUUGAUGAAAAAUGUAAGGUAAAUUAAUAACUUUCUUUGCCAAAACAGGUUUUAAUUUACCAGUCAUGUUUUGUCAAACUACCUUUGACUGGAUUGAAAGAUAUUAGUUUACCUUAUAUUUUUCAGCAAAAUGUGGUUGACCUUCCUUUUCAUGUAAGGUAAUUAAAACCUUUUGUUUGGUGUGGUCUACAAAGAAGCUUCCCACUAUCCGUUGAAGGAUGUUAAGAGUUAGUGGAGCAAAAAGGAAGAAGCUACACGCAAACAUCUGUUGCUUUGAUUUUGAAAUCCUUUUGAAUGUUUAGCGUUUUUUUUCCCCCCUAUGGCGAUGAUGCCGUCUUGUACAGAAUUGUUGAUUUUCAAAAGGUGUUGAUACCCGUGGGGCUGCGUCGCCCGCCAUCCGCAUCAUUCGCAACAUUCCCAUGCCACACUUUCCCCUUCCCAGUUUGAGUGGCUGGCGGCGUUGCCCACCUCACUUCCUGUCUCAGCCUCAUUUUCAUUUAAGAGAAAUUAAAAGUAUAUAAAAUAUAUUCUUUUAUUUUGAAAGGUUAAAGUGCCAUGAUCCCGUUUCGCCAGUAAGAGGUGUUUCCUGUGGCAUCAGAUGCAUCAUGGGGGGGGGGGCACACACACACACUUCAGCUUAGUUUUUUUGCGUCGUUUGCUUUUGAUCUUUUGGCUCCGUGCAGUGGUUGGCCACGCCCCGAAGGGAAAGACGCGGAGCAUGUUCUUUGCAGUGCCGUGAUUGGUCCUUUUAGUCGUGCAUGUGGGCUUACUUUUUUGUGACGCGUGUGAUGCGUGUCAAAAUGUGUGCGCUAACUUUUGCCACAAACAGGAAGUGACUUUAAUGCUUUGUCAUAAUCAUUCACAUUGUUUCUUUUUUUUAUUUGAAAUUGUUUUUAGGAUUAAAGGUGAAAAAAAACAAAA